AUGAGCCUACAUCUGCGGCGUUGUCUGUACCGCAGCAACGCAUCGCUGUCGUUUCCCGGGUUGUCUAUCGGUACGGGGCUCUGCUGCCACAAUGGAGCUUCAAUCCCGUUGAUUCGUCGUGCUACCUUCGCUGCAGUGUCAGACGGGAGCACUGCCGCUCGCGGUGGCACCAGCAAGGCCGGAGAUGAUUCGCGCUGGAUGAAGAAGCCUGACCCACCUGCGGAAUCCGCAUCCACUGGCAAUGCUAAGACCAACAUUACCGAUGGGAAGUUCUACUUUGACGCUGACGUGGAGAACUUGAGUCCUGAACAACAGCAGCAGAAGGAGGAGCUAAUUCGGGAGCUGACACGCAAGCUGAGCGGACCGCUCGCCGACGAGAAUGGCAACUUGCCGACUGGUGACGACCGUCCCAUCGCGAUCGAGGUGGAUGGUCCGUCUCACUUCUACGCGAACAGCACCAAGUACACUGCCUAUACCAAGCUGAAGCACAGGCUGCUGACACGCAUGGGAUACAAGGUGCUGCACGUGCCGUACUUCGAGUGGCGCCGACUGAGGGGCGCGAAAGAGCGCGAGGAGUACAUGCGCGAGAAGCUGAAGGAGGAGCCCACCGAGUGGAUCGACCCCGACGACGAAGCGUUUUACAACAAGCGGAUGGAGGCGCUGCGCCGCCAAACUGAUGGCGUAAUCAGUGCCUUGGAAGCGGAAUCCAAGGCUUCGCCAGCCAAUGAUGCAUGA